AUGGCCAAUUUUGCCCUGUUUUCUUUCAUGGACGGGUUCUCAAGCUAUAACCAAAUAAAGAUAGCGUCAGAGGACAUGGAAAAGAUGACCUUCGUCGCCCUGUGGGGAACAUUCUGCUACAAAGUGAUAUCCUCUGGGGCAACUUACCAAGGGGCUAUGGUAGCAUUAUUCCACGACAUGAUGCACAAAGAAAUUAAGGUCUACGUGGAUGAUAUGUUGCCAAGUCAAAAACUGAGGAGGAACACCUUGUCAACUUACAAAAGUUGUUCGCGAGGCUGCAAAAGGAUAGAGGUGGACCCGGACAAGGUGAAAGCCAUCCUUGAAAUGCCCGAGCCACGCACUGAAAAGCAGGUUCUGCUGUCAGAAUUCGACAUUGUUUAUGUCACUCAAAAGGCGAUAAAAGGGAGUGCUUUGGUAGAUUACCUGGCUCAACAGCCCAUCAAUGACUACCAGCCUAUGCAUCUAGAGCUCCCGGAUGAGGACAUCAUGACCUUGUUCAAAGAGGAGGUAGAGGAUGAAGAUAGGGACAAAUGGAUUGUGUGGUUUGACGGCAUGUCUAACGCACUAGGCCAUGGAGUUGGAGCGAUUUUGGUUACCCCCGAUGAUCAAUUGGCAAUUAACUUCAAUGUCAAGUUGCUCACGGUGUAUGGGAACUCGGCCUUGGUAAUCCACCAGUUGAGAGGAGAAUGGGAGACCAAGGAUCAUAUGUUGAUACACUACCAAGCCUAUAUCAAGAAACUGAUAGGAUUCUUCGAUGACAUAUCCUUUCAUCAUAUUCCUAGAGAGGAGAAUCAGAUGGCCGAUACCCUUGCCACUCUAGCGUCCAUGUUCCAACUGACCCCGCACGGGGAUUUGUCGUACAUCGAAUUGAAAUGUCGCGGCAAGCCUACACAUUGCUACUUGAUAGAAGAGGAGCAAGAUGGUAAACCUUGGUACUUCGAUAUGAAGCGAUAUAUCGAAGACAAGGAAUACCCACAGGAGGCUUUUGACAACGACAAGAGAAUGUUGCAAAGGUUGGUAGCCAGCUUCUUCCUGAGUGGAAAUAUCUUGUACAAAAGGAACCAUGAUAUGGUUCUGCUCCGAUGUGUGGAUGCCAGGGAGGUUGAGAAGAUGCUAGUUGAAGUGCAUGAGGGAUCCUUUGGGACACAUGCCAUGGCCCGAAAGAUUCUGAGGCAGGGUGUUACCGGCUCUCUAUGGAAAACAAUUGUUGCAUCCGUGUGA